AUUACACACAACAUUACAACUGGGAGACACAGGAAAAAGAUAUUUUCAUUGCUUUGUUAGAAUCAGACAAAUAUACACAAUUAUAUUUUAUAAUAACAGCAUUUAACAUGGAGAAAGACUCCGUUAGAAUUGUAGAGGGGGAAGAUGUCACAUCUUAUAAAAAAGAAGAUUCAAAGUACAACUUUCAAGUAGGGAAAUCAGCACUUAAGUCUAGUAAAGUAAUGGAGCCCGAAGCUCCGGAGGAAAGGAUAUCGAUUGAGGAAACGGCAAAAGUCACAACGGUGUUUGAAGUACUUGAUGAAGAUCUCUUGAGCAGUGAAUCCGAAUCAACAACAUCAUCGCGGGAUGUUCGAGAAAGUGAAGAAUCAUCUGAAGAUUUUUUUGAAAAAUUAGGCACCAUACCAGAUAUAGCUGCAAUUGCCGUUGGAGAAACACAGAUGGGCAAAGAUGUUGGUUCUUUUGUUGAUCCGCUAACCGGUAUGUUGUAUGAAAGUACCGAGGAGGAGGAAGAGGGCGAUGAAGAAGGAAUGGUUGAGGAAGAAUCAUCCACCACAGAAGAUGAAGAUAUAUCUGAAGAUGAAGAAUUAUUGGAAUUGCUUAAACGUGAUGAAGAGGUUGAAGCGCCAAAAGUAAUGGACGAAGCAGAGGUUUUCGAAACAUUUAUGGAAAUGGAGAAAAAGCAAGUUAUUGAAGAAAUAACGGAAUUCGACUGGAUUGCAUACGAGCGUGAAAAGGAAUUAAAAAGCAUAGCUGCGGACACAGUUAUAUUUCUUAAAGAACUAAUCGUAGAGGUGGUUGAAAAGUCUGAAUACGUCGAUCCAAAUAUUUUCCUGCGACAACAUUUGGACAAAGCCUCACUUAUUGAGGAGAUAACCAAAAAACUGAAGCUGCUUGAGGUAGAACAAAAGGCGCGUAGCUUUCUUAAUCGGCGCGUUGCCGAAUUUUUCUAUCGUAAAGGGCAAUAUCGUGUUUUUACCGAUGACCCACCAGAAACCAUACUCGACGAAAUGAACAAGCUAAAAGAUGCCACCAAUAAAUUGGAUCAAAUGCUUUGCCGUGAGGAGGAUCUUAAAAGUUCGACACAACAAGAAAUUGCUAACACUCAGCAAGAUGUGUCCGUUUUGCAAAUAAAAAAUCAAGAAAAACUGCAGGAGUUCGAAGAACUUGUAAAAAAAUCUCUAGCUAAAAAGGGUGAGCACUUAACAUUGGAGGUCGAUAAGGAUUUGCGAAAGAUGGCAAAGUUACGUGAAGAAAUCUCAGAUGCACGAUAUAUUCUAGUACAGAAACAACACUCAAACGCCACAUUAUCGGAGCAAUUGAAGAAACUAGAGAAUCUUGGCAAUAAUUUCCAGAUGCGCGAAUUUGAAUCCUUACAAAAUGAAUGUCAAGCCCUGGAUAAAAAAAUUGAGGAACGCAAUGCUGAAUUAGUUCGGUCACGUGUGCGCUGCAAUGCUGACUUGCACGUUUUGGGUCAUUUGAAGGAGAAGCAAGCUAUGAUUCGUAGCAAGAUCAAAAUUCAAAAAUCAUGUCUAGCAAUGUUGCAGGCACAAAAAUAUACGGCACGCAAAUGUAUUUUCGAUUCGAAGAAGCAACGCUCCGAAAUGCGUAAAGAAAUCAAAGAACUGAGCUACCAAUGCGGCUUACUCGAUAAACCGGCUCUAAUGUUGGACUUUGACAAUACGGUGGAACAGAUCAAUAUUGUCAUGGAAAAAGUGGAUAAACUACGUAAUAAGCACGAUGAAAUUCUACGUAAAAUAGUUAAACUCGAAGCCAAAUGCUUGUAAGCUCGUAACUGUGCAUAUUGCA